UGAGGGGAGGAGAAAGACCGAGAGGAGAGGGCGAUGAGCGGGGAGGAGGACUGAGACCGAGCGGAAACCACGGAGGUCAGGGCGGAUCUCAGAAGCACCGGGAGCCGGCACGUAUAUACAUAGCAAGAGGGACCGCGAUGCGGUAACAAAUAGACUCCGGGACAGCGGAGCCUCGCAGCACAUCCAGAGGGGUUCCGCUUCCUCCCGCCCGGCGCCGAGGGUGCCCUGAGCCCCUCGGGGAACUGGGCUCCGGCCCGACCCCGCUCGGUUCCGGCGUCCUUAGGCUUCGUGCUCCUCCUCCCCCCUCCAGAAAGGGUUGGCUCUCCUCUUUGCAAAGCCAGGCCCCCGGGGAGAUGAGGUGAGCUGUAGCCAGCCGCCGGUGUGUUCUGGGCGCUGCUGACCUGGAACACCCGGCCCGUCUGCCCGCAUGAGUGUCUUUCCUAGCACACCCAGCACCGAACCAGCUCUCCAACGUGGUCUACCGCACGCAAACCGUUGAGAGUUUGCUGAGCCGCCCCCUGGGGCCGCGGGCUGCGAGUCCCGCUAAGCCACAGACGCCAGCGAGCGAGGGAGAGCCGCGAUAGAAAAACGAGCGGGCGCGCGCGGGGAGCCCCAGGAGGGCGGCCGGGUGGUUGGCAGGCGCGCACCGCCGGAGGAGCCGCGCGCGGAAAAGUUAGCCUCCCGGCGGCCGCGCGCCUGGCUGCGCCGCGGGCCCUGGCACUAGCUCCCCGCGGCGCUCCGGAGAGGAACUUGAUCUUCCUGCAGCUCGAGCCGCGAGCGUUACCCAACGUGAGCGGGCCGAGUGCCCUGGGCGAGGGGGGAGCAGGACGCGGCCGGCGGGAGCGCAGCGGCGACGCGAACCCAUGCCGGCGGCCAACCUGAUGGAGAACCUGCAGCUGCCCUCCCUGCAGGUGGCCGGGCCACAGGGCGCGCCCGAGGGCAGCCCGGUAUGGUCCAGCUCGUCUACCCCCACGCUCCGCCGCCGGCGCUUUAAGAUGCAUCGCACGAAGAACGUGCACGAGCAGAGCCUAGAGGCCGGGCUGACCCGGGACCUGCCCGGCGUCUUGGCUCCUGGCAAGGAGUUCCUGCAGCUGCCGGCCAUCGAGAUCACGCCCUCCAGCGACGAGGACACCCCGUGGUCCAACUGCUCCACACCCAGCGCUUCCCCGCGCCGAAAACGCUUCCUCCUCCGCAAGUGGCUGAGGGUGAGGGAGCGGAAGGAGUGCAGUGAAAGCAGCAGCCAACAGAGUAGCCAGCAGAGCAGCCAUGAUGAUGAUUCAAGCAGGUUCCUGAGUCCUCGGGUACGGGAAGAAAGCACUGCCAGUAACUCAAACCGUAGCACGCCGGCCUGCUCCCCCAUCCUCCGGAAGCGGUCACGCUCGCCAACCCCACAGAACCCGGACGGAGACACCAUGGUGGAGAAGGGCUCAGAUCACUCCUCAGACAAGUCUCCGUCCACGCCGGAGCAGGGUGUGCAGCGCAGCUGCUCUUCACAGUCCGGCAGGAGUGGCGGCAAAAAUUCCAAGUCUCACAAGCGCCUCUCAAAAAAAAGCCAGAGCUGGUAUAAUGUGUUAAGCCCCACUUACAAGCAGAGAAAUGAAGACUUCAGAAAGCUCUUUAAGCAACUUCCAGACACGGAGCGCCUCAUUGUUGAUUAUUCAUGUGCACUCCAAAGAGACAUUCUUCUUCAGGGCCGACUCUACCUCUCUGAAAAUUGGAUCUGCUUCUACAGCAACAUCUUCCGCUGGGAAACUCUGCUGACCGUUCGUUUGAAAGACAUCUGCUCCAUGACUAAAGAAAAAACAGCUCGCCUCAUUCCCAACGCCAUCCAAGUUUGCACAGACUCGGAGAAGCACUUUUUUACUUCAUUUGGGGCCCGGGAUAGGACAUAUAUGAUGAUGUUCCGGCUGUGGCAGAAUGCUCUCCUUGAAAAGCCCCUGUGCCCCAAGGAGCUCUGGCACUUCGUUCACCAGUGCUACGGGAAUGAAUUGGGCCUGACCAGUGACGAUGAGGACUAUGUGCCCCCCGAUGACGACUUCAACACGAUGGGGUACUGUGAGGAGAUCCCUGUAGAAGAGAAUGAAGUGAAUGACAGCUCAUCCAAAAGCAGCAUAGAGACCAAGCCAGAUGCUAGUCCACAGCUGCCCAAGAAAUCGAUCACCAACAGCACACUGACAUCCACAGGGAGCAGCGAAGCCCCCGUCUCGUUUGAUGGCCUGCCUCUGGAGGAGGAGGUGCUGGAGGGCGAAGGGUCCCUAGAGAAGGAGCUCACCAUUGACACCAUCAUUGGGGAGAAGAUUGACAUCAUCGCUCCUGUGAACUCCCCUUCACUGGACUUCAAUGACAAUGAGGACAUCCCCACCGAGCUCAGUGACUCUUCCGACACCCACGAUGAAGGGGAGGUCCAGGCCUUCUACGAGGACCUGAGUGGCCGGCAGUAUGUGAAUGAAGUAUUCAACUUCAGCGUGGACAAGCUCUAUGACCUCCUGUUCACCGACUCGCCCUUCCAGCGGGACUUCAUGGAGCAGCGACGCUUCUCAGAUAUCAUCUUCCAGCCAUGGAAAAAGGAAGAGAAUGGAAACCAGAGCCGAGUGAUCCUUUACACCAUCACCCUUACCAACCCUCUGGCUCCUAAAACUGCCACUGUCAGGGAGACACAGACCAUGUACAAGGCGAGCCAGGAGAGUGAGUGUUAUGUGAUAGAUGCCGAAGUCCUCACCCACGACGUGCCGUACCAUGACUACUUCUACACCAUCAACCGCUACACACUCACGCGAGUGGCCCGGAACAAGAGCCGGCUCAGGGUCUCCACAGAGCUACGCUAUCGAAAACAGCCCUGGGGGUUAGUGAAAACUUUUAUCGAGAAGAACUUCUGGAGUGGGCUGGAGGAUUACUUCCGCCAUUUAGAGAGCGAGCUGACCAAAACGGAGAGCACCUACCUGGCUGAGAUGCACAGACAGUCUCCCAAAGAGAAGGCCAGCAAGCCCCCAACAGUACGGAGGAGGAAGCGUCCCCAUGCCCACCUGCGGGUGCCUCACCUGGAAGAAGUGAUGAGCCCCGUCACCACACCCACUGAUGAGGACGUGGGCCACAGGAUCAAGCACGUGGCAGGUGUGCCAGGUUCCACGCAGACACGGCACAUCCCUGAGGACACCUCCAAUGGUUUCCACUUGCAGAGCGUGUCCAAGCUGCUGCUGGUUAUCAGCUGUGUGAUCUGUUUCAGUCUGGUGCUUCUGGUUCUCCUUAAUGUGAUGCUCUUCUACAAACUCUGGAUGCUGGAAUACACCACGCAGACCCUCACUGCCUGGCAGGGUCUAAGGCUCCAAGAAAGGGGUCUGGGAGCACAGAACAGUCCACUGAGCAUAACUCCAGCUGCUGGGGUACCCCUUCUUCCACCUCACAGGUUACCCCAGUCUCAGACAGAAUGGGCCCAGCUGUUAGAGUCCCAACAAAAGUACCACGAUACUGAGCUCCAAAAAUGGAGGGAGAUCAUCAAAUCCUCGGUGAUGCUUCUUGACCAGAUGAAGGACUCACUCAUCAAUCUUCAGAAUGGCAUCAGGUCCCGUGACUACACAUCAGAAAAUGAAGAGAAGAGGAACCGCUAUCAUUGACAAGGCAGGAACAGGGGUCGCUGCAAGAGGCCUGUGCAAUACAUAAGAUGCAUUUUGGGUCUGAGAGGAGCGUUUUUCUGGAAGGCGUCUUUUAACGCCCCUGCUUUCCUGACGUGGAGCAGGAAUUUCCACACGGUGUAGAGAGCUCCCCUUCCCACCUCUCUGCCCAGCCUUGUUACCUCACUCCUGCUCGGGCCGUGGCUGUGAGGGUCCCAGCCAGCUCCCCGUUUUGGUGUUCUGUGUGACGGCUCAGGAGAUUCGGGCAUUGUUUUCUGUUGUGACUUGAGGUCCUCAGCAGGCCUGGGAGCCCGGAUUGGAGCCUUGGCUGCUGGCGAGAAGCACCUUGCCUGCUAAGAGGAGCUGAUGCCAGAUGAUCUACCUGACGCAUGAAGGCGUAAAGAACAUUGUCAUCUCUGCCCCUUGGCCCUCCUUGCUUCUCUCAACACAAUGAAACACCGCAGAAGCAAAAUGGUGGCCUCUGCUCCAGGCAAGACAGCUGGCUGUGUCUGGGGAGUUGGCCCUGGACUUGGGUGCCACGAGCUGAGAAUGCGUAGUAAAAGCAACCAUUUUUGCCAACAAUAGUGUGUGGCUCCCUACAUUUUCCUAUCCUGCACUCUAGGGCCAGACCACUCUCUGCAUGGACCAGAUCAUCUUCCCAAACCCAUGGUGCUUCUUCCCUCCCCCCACUCAACCUAGACUCCAAGGUGGGGAGGGAUGAGCCAGAGGCCACAGUGGCCCCUGGAUAAUCCUGACAUGGGUGGAGUGGGGUGAGGCAGAGGGAGUAGCCCCCAACACCUGCACUGGGCCAUAUAUGGGAAAGAAGACCGGUUGAUUGCAGUUGAGUUGUCUGGCCAUCUGUAUUUGGAUCUAUAACUGUACUUUGCCUGGCGCUGUGCGCAAGGUCUGAAAACUUACUGCUAGUACCUAGAAACAUACAAGGCUUCCCAGCCAAAUCUUAAUGUAAAGUAGCUAGAACCAUGGAAGUACAGUAUGAAUUAAAAGAAAAAAGUAUUGAACUGCA